AUGAAUGCACAAUUGUUCAUCACAACCGAAAAUAUUUCGAGCGAAUGGAUUGAAAGUCUGAAAUGUAAAUUUAAACGUGACCGUCGUCCACUUCAAGAGAUAUCGGAACAAGUACAGAAAAUGAAACAGAAACAUGGUAAUGUGACUGGUCGACCGCUCAAACAAAGUGUUAAUGAAGUUGCUGCACGUCGUGAAUCUCAGUUUCACUUUUUGAAUGUACUAAAUGUCAAUGAUGAUCUUCAUGACACAGACAAACACGUACAGUUAAUGAAAACGAGUUUGGCGGAGUCAAAUGGUACUUUGGAAAGUCUCAAGAUUUCAUGGAAAAAGACAUUGACUACACGCAGAUCGUAUGUAAACGACCAUACGACGGCUGAGGUGCUUGAAGAGUAUCCUGGUUUUAAAAACAUUUCAUUGAUUUUUGAUGAGAUUCUAUAUUUUUGCAACGUUAAUAUUGAACAAAAUUUAGCAUCAAUGCUGCCAAAAUUACUGCAUAAUGUAUCACAUCUAUCUGACUUUGUUAUUGAUUUACCAAGCAUUCGUUUAGUCAAACUUUUGUCGAAGCAUUUUACUGACUCUUGGCAAUACAUUUUGACCGAGAAAGAACCACUAUCACCUCGUCCAACUAUUCAAGUAAGAAUGGAUAAAUUUGCAAUAUAUCUGGAUUAUGAAUUCAUUACUGAAACAAUAUCAUUUGAUCAAGCAUUAGCUAUAAUAAUCUCUUUGUAUGCGAUAUUCGAACUACAAUUCGGUGCACAUAAUAGAGUAAUUCAUUUACUAUAUGGAAUAUUCAUGCAACAACCUGAAGUAUUAACAAAAUCAAUGCGAAUUCUAUUAAGCGACUGGAACUUCAAGAUCGAUUAUAAAGAACUCGAACCAAAUAGACUAACGACAUCAAACAUAUCUGUAACAAAUAAGCCAUGCGCAAGGACAACAACGGACUUGCUAUAUAUUGAAACAGAUGAAGCUGAUCGUUUCGUUGAAGAUGAACACGAUGAAUCAUUGACUGAAAGGAUAAGAAACUCAACAACAUUUAAUGAAGUAACGAUUGAAUCAUCAGUAUUGACAACUUCAAACUAUCAUUCAAAUGAAUCAACAAAAUAUACAUUGUGUGCUAAUACAGAUUUUAUUGCCGAGAAUCAAACAAAACAAUCACAAUCAUCAGCUGAAUCGCUUCUUGAUGAUCCUCCAUUAUUUAUAGAUAUGAAGUCAAUAAACCGACCUACUUUCGAUACAGUAUCUGAUUGUGAUUCAUCGCGAUGUGCAAACGAAAACGAAAAAAAAACGAUCACCAACAAACGACAAAUACCACGAAAUGGAAGUCGAUACUUAUCGAAAAAUUCAACAGCUGCUACAAGAGCAACAAGAAAACGCCGUGUUAGUCCUGAAGCAGCAUCAUCAUCAAGACCAAAACGCACAAGAACGGCAAAAAAUCAUUCGUAG